AUGAAACAUCACAAAAGAGAAUCUCUAAAACAAACAAAUUCGCUUUGUAAGCACUUUUUUAUUUUUUUUGCUAUUUGGAAAAGUUAUGAAUUUGAGGAUGAUGGGGUUGGAGUCUCCCUUGUUCCACAUGCUGCACGACAUCAUGGAUAUAUUGGAGGACGGUGCAGGGACAAGACACACAAUGCUCCUACACGAUCAUAUGUGCGGGAUGCGAAAGCUAUGGCUGUGACACCUGCGGUUGUGAAGGAAUAUCCCGAUUCCUACGUGUUCGAGAUCGACAUGCCGGGUUUGAACUGUGGGGACAUAAAGGUUCAGGUGGAAGAUGAUAACAUGCUUGUGAUUAGUGGGGAGAGAAAGAGGGAAGUAGAGAAAGAAGGGGCAAAGUAUCUAAGAAUGGAGAGAAGGGUUGGGAGAUUUAUGCGCAAGUUUGUGUUACCUGAAAAUACACACACAGAUGCAAUAUCUGCUGUGUGUCAAGAUGGUGUGCUUAGUGUUAGUGUGCAAAAAUUGCCACCUCCUGAACCUAAGAAGCCGAGGACUAUUCAGGUUAAUGUUGCAUGA